CUAAGCAGUUUGUUUUUUUAUUUUUUUCUUAUUUAUUAAAUAACUUAUUAUUAUUUUAUAUUAACACGCAUAAAUUUAAGGAACUACCGUGUAAAAGUAAGUAAACUACCGUGUAAACUGCGUUUAAUAUGCCGCCGGUCAUGAAAAUAGAAUGGCGUUAUAAAAGUACCCGCGAAAUAAAUUUCAAAGAAAAGCAGCUAGUCGUUUUAUCAACGAUAAUAAUGAGAUUAAUCUCAUACAAUUGAGUCCUCAUAGAGUAUCUAGUCAUUUGGAAAAACGCAGCCCUUUUACCAUGAGCGAUAAUGAGGAUUCGGAAACCAAUUUCAUAGGAGAUACCAUUUUAGCUCCUGAAAGAAAUCGUGCCUAUGUGGUAACAAAAACGGGUGAAAAACAUUUAUUAGAUUUGGAUAAUAAUGCUCUCCCCAAAACCAGUUCAAAUCCUUUUGCUUUACAUACACCCAUAUUCUCGACACCCACUAUAGAAACUAUAUCAGAGAAAUCACCUUCACAUUUAUCAAAUUCGUAUAAAAUGAACAAGAGCAGCAGUAAAUUAUUCAAAAAACUUAAGCCCUUAAAACGUCAAAAACGUCGUUUAGUUUUUACUCCCAGAAAUUUGGAAACAAACUCAACACAACUGUUGGCAGCAGAUAGUGAUAUUAACAAAAAUCUUCUAAAUCAAAAACAGUCUAUGAUUGUUUCAAAAUCAUGGGCAAACACUAGUAUAGAAACUCAAACGGAAAUUUUCCUUAUUUAAGGCAUUGUUCGUAUAUACCCAGACAUUUUAGUACACCAACUGGUUCCAUCAAUUAUAUACCCAUGGAGGGCGCUAGAAAUUCCAAAAUUUUCGAAAGAUUUUGAAAAUAUUCGUUAAAAUUCGACUUUAUAAUAUUAUAUGUGAAUUCAUAUACCGAUGACGUUUAAAUUCAUCA